AGGGUACUUUUAAUUUGUAAAUUAAAUCACUUGUCAAACUAAUUUUAUUGACGAGGUUUUAUUUUCAAGUGCGGUAAUUAGCUGUUUUAUAUUAAAAUUUUGAAGAUUUUUGUGUUGAUUUCUCUGUGAUUCGAUUUAUUAAAUAAAAUGUCGCAGCCUAUCGUCAAUAACGAAGCCUACACAGAUGUGGUGGAACUGUGUGCCCUGCUACAAUGCCUGGGGUUCAGCGUCAAGUCCCUGGAUACGAGCGACGGUAACCUCAGCCAGGAUGGGGGCGUCAGGAGUGUUGUUAUCAAUUGUCAGUCGUCAGGUCUCCACGUGGUGCUGGAGAGUGCCAGCCUGUCCUGCUCCUGCCCCACCACUGCGAGCCAGCAGAACAGUGGCAUCUGGCAGGUGUCUGGUAUGACCGGGGGAAAACAUUUAGAUAAGGAAUUCGGAUGCUCCCUACUUGGGUCUUUACCAAAGAGUCACCGUGAACGUCUUUCGAAGGAGCUUCACGAGAUGAUCAGAUGCAUCAAGCAACACAAUGAAUCGGAUGCUGAUAUGGGCAAGGAGGCUAUAGCCAAUAGAUCGGCUAGUAUGGUUGAACUGAACACUCCUGAAAAACGGGAUUUCCCCUUGAAAACGGACACACCGACUCGGUAUCGAUCUCUGGACACACUGACGGCAGCCAAGAGGAAUACCGACCAGCUUCCAGAGCCUGGGCCCCUGCACAAAGUGGAACAUGCUGAUGUUUCUGCUGAUGGCUGUAAAGACAAGAAGCAAAUAAUGUGUCGUAGACAGAGCACGUACACACUAUCAUCCACACCUGGCAGCGUCCGCAGGCGAAAUAAAACUUCAAGUCCAAUACACACUUCUCAAAACACUUUAUUGGACAACUUGAUAGCUGCAGAAAAGGUAGCAGAGGAUUUGCAUAGCAAGCUAGUGCACGUGAUCAGAGAAUAUGUGGAAGAUGGGAAGCAUGAUUCUUCAAUGUCCUCGCUGACGCUGGACGUCUCCAAGAUUUCACUGCUAAAGUGUCCAGAUGCAUCCAAAGCUCAAUUUGCAUCGAGUCCAAAUCUAUCUGCAAUGGGUGUUGCCAAAGAAGACUUCACUAGGCUGAAGAGAUUUGAAAGUGUCUCAACAUCUAAUCUCGUUCCAAAAUCGACGGUUGCAAAAGAAAGCAAGAUUACAUCGAGAUUACGCCGUAUUUCACCCAAUCUUUUUAAAUCGAAGAAAGAAUCUCCCGGUGUUAAAAUAGACAAGCCUGAUGCGCGAAGUAAACUGAACAGUCUAUUCAAACCGAAAAUAGUAACUCCAGUACGUACGCCGCGAGCGAACCCAGAAGCAAGCCCCGGCCUAAGCUCAUCACGAAAAAAGUUCAGCCAUGUUAAGUCCACUAUACCAAGACCGGCUAAGAAGGAAUAAAAGAUAUUUAAUUUAUAUAAAGUUUAAUCCAGAACUAACUAGUUAGCGGGCAAGUGAUACAAUAAACUAAUAUUUAAAUAUACUAUGUUGUUUUGUUACCAUCCUAUAUUAUAAUAUGUAUUUGUAACACAACAGUUGGAUAGGCACAUCAAGUAUCAGAUAAAUCGGAAUUUGUAUAAGUUCUCAACAAUUUUUCUACUUCUUUCUCUAAAGUUUCGUUCUUGUUUUCGGACGACUUUUUCUUUGUUUUUGACCGUGAAAGCUUACUUGGUUCUUUAUCCUUUUUAAGAGCUUUAAAUUCUCCACUUUUGUUUCUCUGUAGAUGUAUUGUAGCAGGGUAUAUUAUACUUUCGAUCAAUUCUUCUCUCGUCUCUUUCGUAGUGAAGUCACCGUUGCUUUGCGCCGCGUCAUGACUUUUCUUCCUGGUUCUUCUGUGUUUUUCAAUACAAACUUCAUGAACACUUUCUUCUUCACUGUUCGCAGAUUGAUGGUCGGAAUCUAGUUCUUCAACCUGUGCUCUUUCUUGAAUUUCUUUCUCCUGACUUCUUGUAGUUAAUUCUUUUAAAGUGAACUUGUCACCCUUUAAACAUUUCGUUCGGUCCUUUUUCGCUAGUUUAAGGCAAAUUGUUGCUUUUGGAUAACCAGUGAAUUGCUGAUAACACUCUCCUUUCUCUAGUGAUACAAAAGGUGUGAAAAAUCUUCUGGGGUGUAUGUCUUCUGGAGUCUCAUUCAGUAGUACAUAGGCUUUCUUUAGAAAUGUUUUUUUAUCAAUAGGGUUUUGCAUAUGGAAGAAAUUUUCAAGUUGUUCAUGUGUCUUUAGCCUCUUUAGUGCAUUUCUUUGAACAAUAUUGUAUGAAACCACUGCCAUUAGAAUGAAAGCUGGCUCAUUACUAAGUAUGUGAUCCCACAAUAUCAGCCAUUCAGAGCAAGUCAGUACUUCACUAAAAGCAGUUUCUAAUAUUUUCAGGGCAUAGGUUUGACUAGUGAUGCCAACUUCACAGAAAUGAUUCAGUAAUGGCUGAUCAUGUUCAGCCAGAAUGUUCUCAACAAUAGCCAAAACACUAAUCGGGGGAAAAGGUGCAUACUCAAACCACAAUUGACAAUAAUUGCAUAACACGCUGGCCACAGACUCAAAAAGCAAAAGAGGAUCUUUUUGAAGAACUUUUACAAAAGGAAACACAAAACCAGGCAAGAACUUCAUGACUCCAAAUAAGGGACACCAGUGUGCAAGACAGGACAGCAGACGUUUUAGAUUUUUGAGUGUAACCGCACUAUGUAUGGUAAACUGCUUCUCUAUAUCCUUGUAGGCCGGAUGAAUACCUUUAUCAAUGAGACCUGCAUAUGCAAUCUUAUUCCGAGGAGUAUCAAGCAGUGACCGCCAGAUGAUGGAGCGGAACUUGUCAGGAUACUCACCAUAUUGCAUGAGUAUUCUCCUUAGCCUAGCACUAUCCAUACAUACACGCAUUUUUUGUUCAAUUUGAGUUUUUGAGUUAGUUUGCAUUUGAGAGGGACACUUAUGUGUGGAGGUACCCGGCAUCUCCUUCCUCAUAGUUUCUACAACACAAUUUUGACAGUUCUGAGCUGAAUCCAUAACAUAUGAACAAUUAUAGAUAUUAACUUCACCAAGUUGGAGAAUGCACAGAAAAUAUUUUCCUGAUGGGCUUACAACAAAUCUACGAAUACCAGAUGAUUCUGGGUGUAUUAUAUGGAUAACCGUUAAUGAUUCUAAAUCCAGUAAAUAUAGCACACAGUCACUGCUUAAGAUAGCAAGGAUCUUGUUUGCUCCUCCAUCAAAUAAUUGCGGGAUAAAAGCCAGUUGGUGAGCACCACCUAUGUUGUAUUUAGACAUGUCUAUUGUUUUGAGGGCCUUCCAAGUAUCCAUACUAAACAGAAUCAACAUGGGAGCAAGCCCCGCCAUGGCCAUAGCACGGCCGUUCAUAGUAAAUGCAAUACUUUUCAUGUGCUUCAACUCACUUGGUAUAAUUUGCUUAACAGAUUUCAUACUCUCAUGUUUCCAAAUUUGUACAGUGUCAUUUUGAAAGCAUGCUACAAGGUAGUCACCCGCUGGAGAAAACAUUAUUUGUUGGAUUUGAGCACCUAAGAAAGUGUUCAAGGUGAAGUAUUUGGUGUAGUUCCGUAGUUCCCAUAGGAUAGCUUCAACUGGACUGGCGGUCAGGAGAUUGUUUGUUUUAACGUUGUUAGAGAAGGAAAUGUGUCUUACUGGUGCUGUGUGGCCUGUCAGAGUCAGAGAUACUUGUCCAGUCUCAGUGUCCAGGAAGUUCAUGUCAUAUUUCUUUGCGGAAGCGACGACCAGCGUAUCUUGUUUGGCCGGCACGAAUUGCAAAGCAGUGCACGGCCCAACUCCAGGUAAUUUCCAGAAUUUUAGGUCGGAAAAGUCAAGUAUAAAGAUGUUGCCGGCGUUGUCGGCGCACGCGAGCUUGUCAUGGGCGUCGUCGAACAUGCCCGCGGUGAACCGAAUCCUGCGACAUUCUCCAUUAGAACCUCGAACCGUGUGGUGCAGCUGUAGUAUGACACCGUCCUUCGGCUUCGAUUUUAACUUGAUAUCGAAUUUUUCGAUAGCUUCCCGCUCACCUCUCUUCUCUUGUUCCAUCAAUGAUUUUAUCAAUAGGUUUAUAUGAAUCGAAAAACAUGAUAUUGUCAGAUUGUUGACAUAUUUUCUUAGAUUUAUCAGACAAAUUAUUUAAAAUUUGGCGGAAUCGAGCAAUCAAAACAAAAACAGAGAUGUCACAAAUUCUUAGCGACAGGCAAAAA